UUUUUGAAUUUGUUGUAUGAAUAUUCAUGUUUGAAUGUUUAAUAUGUUAAUUGAACAUAUUUUUAAGAUAAUUAAUAAUGGAAAAAGUGUUUGGUUUAUCAAAGUGCUGUAAGAAUAUUAAAGUACUUCUGGAUAUUAAACAAUUACUGAGAAGCUCUCACAAUAUUCCAAGAAUAGGAAUGAUUAGAUUUUAUCGACAACCAAUUCUUAAAAGACAAACUUUAUGUGAUAAUUUGAAGAUAAAGAAAUUAUUGAUGGUCUCUAAUGUGGCAGUUCAACCGAGUUCCAAUUUUUCUAAUAAAAGCAAAAAAAUCUUUGGAUUUAUAUUUACACGUAAAGGUGCGGUGUUGAUAGGUGUUCUUUUGAGUAUAGUGAUUGGUUAUCAUGUCAUACUUGUUGGCAUUUGUGCUGUAUUAGAUGAAGUUAUUAAAAAAACUAUUAAAUAGUUGCCAAAUAAUUUGAUCUCUUUAUAAUAAAUAAAAUAUUAAUUCAA